AUGAUCAGCAGCAGCAACCGCAGCAUCCUGCAGCAACUGCAGCAGCAACAGCAGCAACUGCAACGGCAGCAGCAGCAGCCGCACAAUCAAGACCAGCAGCAGCAGCAGCAGCAGCAGCAGCAGCAGCAGCAGCAGCAGCAGGGGCUGACGAGGAAGGCGUCUGCGGCGAAGUCGAGGGCGAGGACCCGAACUGUCGGUACACUCGAAAGGACUUUGUGGGGUUUCUUCAAAGCGCUGUCUCCAAACCCUCGAGCUGUCGAUACACCCAACGCCCCACACCGCCGGUUCGCAGCAAACGCCCUCCACACCCCCUGCACGCACACCACCUGCCAGCAGCAGCAGCAGCAGCAGCAGCAGCAGCAGCAGCAGCAGCAGCAGCAGCAGCAGUAG